CGUGGUUAGCGGGAGCGCGCCUCAAAGUCCGGAGAAACGUCAGCGUGGUAUCAUCGAGGUGUACUGCGCAUGCGCAGAGCGUGUCCCAGCCUCCAGUCAGCAGGUCGCAGCGGAUCCUCCCGGUGUUCCGGAACCAUGACGGGCCCUGCGCGCACUGACCUGGGCCGCGCGCUGUGCGUCAUCACCGGCUCCUCCAGAGGCUUCGGGCGGGCCAUCGCGAGGGACAUGUCCCGGUUGGUAAAGCCGGGGUCGGCGCUUGUCCUCACGGCCCGCUCCGCGGAGGACCUCCGGUCUCUGCAGGCGGAGCUGGCCGAGUCCGAGGCGGGCCGAGCCGGCCUGCUGCUGCGCUGCGUGGCGGCGGACCUGAGCCACCAGGAAGGACUGCAGAGCGUCGUGAGGGCGGCCAAGGAGGCCUUCUGCGAGGACAUGGACCACGUGGUGCUGGUCAACAACGCCGCCUCUCUGGGCGACGUGUCCCGCCUCGCCAGCAGCUUCAGCGACCUGACGGAGGUGGACUCGUACCUGUCCCUGAACGUGGGCUCGGCGCUGUGCCUCACGGCCGCCGUCCUGCAGGCCUUCCCCCGGCGCGCCGGGCGGCGCCGCUGCGUGGUCAACGUCACGUCGCUGUGCGCCCUGCAGCCGUUCCGCUCCUGGGUUCUGUACUGCACCGGCAAGGCGGCCCGGGAGAUGAUGUUCAGGGUGCUGGCCGAGGAGGAGCCGGACCUCCGGGUGCUCAGCUACUCGCCAGGGCCUCUGGACACAGCCAUGCAGGCACAGGCCCGGUCCACCACCGCUGACCCCGUCGUCAGGGAGUCCUUCUCUGACAUAUUCGCCGGGGGCCGGCUGCUCUCCUGUGAGGCGUCCUGCGCCAAGCUGAUGAAGGUGCUUCUGGAAGACCGCUACACCUCAGGGGCCCACGUCGACGUCUACGACCUCUAGACACCGGUCUGACCUCUGUUGAUUCAGAGACUAGACUUCAUAAUCAGAAUGCACUGUGAAUCUAACUUCCGUUUGAACGGGACCAAUGUGGCUGAAUAUCAUGGGGACGUCCAUCCAGGGGCCACGAGUCUUCAUCUUGAUGCACAUGGGGCCUUCGGUUCUGCUGGGCGCCACUAGAGGGCGCCACUGGAGGGGGCCCUCACAGGCGGGCAGCAGCACGUCGCUGGGGUCACGGGUUCAGCCCGAUGAAGACGGGACCAGGUCCUCUUCCUCAUUAGUGAGUAGUCUACAAAGGGACCAGGUCCUCUUUAUAAGAGGCUCUUGAGCGUUCCCGCUGACGGUACCUGAAGGCACCGUCGUAGCACCCCAGGGUGCCAGUCACAGGCUCAGUUGAUUAAAGGGAUCUAAAGCAGCUCGUGUGCAUCGUAGUCUUUAAAAAGUCGUUUCUCUCUGUGGUCUCGAGGAGUCUUGGGAGUCUGGGACCUGGUAGGUGCUCCAGAAGCUCUGCAGCACGCCAUCAGAGGGUGAGGGUAGGGGUGAGGGUGAGGCUCGGGUGCUUUACAUUUCCUCUUCAAUAAGGAUCAUGACCUGUAAACAGGUUCACUCUGACCCGAGUGCAGCCAGUGCACUCUGAAGGCGUGACCUUUGGUGCUGAGCCUCUUCAGCCGGCGGCUCUCAUUGGUUCUUAUGUGAUCUUGUUCAGCUGUUAUCCGUCUGCUUUGUGAACUUGUUGAUUACAUAAAUGAAUACUGAUUGUU